AUGAAGGCCUCGGUGGUUGUGGCGUUGGCCAGCCUUGCCUCUGCUCACUAUGUAUUUCCAUCCGUCACUUACAAUGGCAAGACCACACAAGAUUGGGAAGUCGUCCGCAAGACGGCGAAUUACCAGUCCAACGGACCGGUCACGGACGUGACCUCCCAGCAGAUGACAUGCUACCAGCUAGCCCCAGGUAACGAGGGUGCCACGGUGCUGGAUGUGACUGCAGGAUCCACGAUUGGUGUGUUCAAGUUGGCAUUCACGAUCAAAGGCAAGCUCACUGACAAUCAGUUUCUCAAAGGCUACAACGCCAAGGCGUCCGUCUCCCAUCCCGGACCAGUCAAUUUCUACAUGGCCAAGGCGCCUUCUGGUUCCAUCACAAACUUCGAUGGCUCCGGAAAAGUAUGGUUCAAGGUCUACAACGACGGCCCGACAGUCACCUCUAACGGCAAAACGACGCUUAACGUCCAGAUUCCCAGGUGCCUCGCAGAUGGCGAGUACUUCCUGCGCGUCGAACACAUUGCUCUUCACAGCGCUAGUAGCGUCGGCGGCGCUCAAUUGUACAUCUCGUGCGCCCAGCUCCGUGUCAGCGGCGGCACAGGCACGUACAAGCCCAACUUGAUGUCGUUCCCUGGCGCAUAUAGCCCCAACGACCCGGGUCUCGUCGUGAACAUCUAUUACCCCGUUCCUCAAAACUACAAAACCCCGGGAGGCGAUCCACUGGUGUGUUAG